AUGAUCCCCUCAAAGCAAGUUUGGUGGACUAACCUUCUCGAGGUUGCCGACCCUGUUCUUGGUCUAAUACCCUAUGUAUUAGACGUAACUAAAACCGCCAAGCGAACUAUUGCAGGGAUGGAGAGGUCAUGUCCUUGCGAGUUCAUCGUCCAAAAAGGGAGGACGGUGGACACUAACCACGGUCAACCGGCUGUGGCAUCCCAUAAGCGGGCUGCCGAGCGAGAGUCGGGGUGUGGGGGGGGCCGUCGGCGCGGCGCGGGACUCGGGGUAAGUUUGCGUCAUAGUCUCGUGGCGCGAACAGCUCCGUACUUCCUUGCUGCGUGCGGAUGCGUCUGCCUCCCUAUGUGCUGGCUCUAUACCGGAGGAGUAGCUCUGACGUCGCUUGCUGAGCAAGGGACGUCCCCGACGGUUGCGUCUUUGGACGUGUCGCGGUGCAAGUCACCAGUGGCGCGAUACUCUGAUGCCCCUGUCACACACACCGAUGCACCCUCACGGGCAGCGUCCGGGACCCCAAAGGAGAGGGCAGCGGCUGGGGUUGCACCAAUCCGGGCUGCACUCCGGCCCGUACCCAAUCCGAUGGAAUCCCGUAUACAACCGCACAAGGAUGUGACCACUGCUGCGGCCAGGUUGACUGCGUCGGUCGAGCCAAAGAUAGCAACUCCGGACGAUGAUACAGCACUGUCUGCGUCUGAAGGGGUGCUUCCGCGGCAAGAACGAUGCGGCAGACCGAGGCUGCGACGGAGGGCACGUCCAGUGCACUAA